CCCCAUGUUGGAAUUUUACACAUUCGCGUAGUAUAAGGUGCCGUCGACGGUAGAUUGUUGAUAGGUUGCAAUCUGUUGGUGAUUAUCAAGCUACAUUAUGCGUAAUAUUUACGUAAUAGCGAUAUUUAUUCAAUGAAGUAACACGUUACAACAUUCAAUGUAUACGCAUGUGUUUGGUGUUGUGUGCUAUGUCAAGUAUUAUUGUUGGAAUAUGUAUUGUUUUUGUAGAAUGAUGGAUCGUUAUUGCAUUGGGUGGACUUAGGAAACCUAGGUGGAGACCAUAUACAAGGCCAUCAUGUUCAACUUCAUGAAGAAGGGUGGCAUGGAGAAGGAGGAGAAAGAAAAGAGAAAGAAAGAAAAGAAAGAACGAAAAGAAAACAAGAAAAGAGAUCGUGGCAGCAUGACAGCAGAAGAAUUGCUUAGGCUUGAUGAAGUAAGGCGCUCAUUGAAGAUUCGUGGUCGCCGGAAGGAGAAAGAAAAGCUUCCUAGUGGCAUCACUGCAGAUUACAGUGCCAGCUUCUUUGCAAGCCUGGAACAUGGACCAGACUAUGCUGGAGGUUCAAGCAGUCUUCCUGGACACCAUAUAACCUCUGCAACCCCUGCUAGCCCUUCCCCAUCUUCUGGCACAAGUUCUUCUUGGAUCCGCAGUGGAGGUGGUGAUACAUUAACCCAAAGUGACAGUAGUGAAGCAAGUCUCACUUCAUUGAACAAUCCUUCUACAACAUCUGGAGCUCAACAGCACUCUCUUCCACCUCUUCCACCAAGACCUCCAAAACGAGGAAUCUUGAAGGGACCAAGACUGAGUGGGAGUAGUAUAGAAAUUGGUGAAAAUGUGAAUCAUCAUGGUGAAAAUAAUCACAGUGAUAGCAGCAUUCUAGUAAGGAACACACUUCAAAAUGAGGUGAUAGCGUAUCAAAAUGUGCCACAGAGAACAAUCAAUAACAGACUUGGUGCCAGUUCUAGUGCAUGUUUUAUAGUAAAAGAAUCUACCUCCUCAUUAACAUUGGUUUCAGGUGUUAGAGACAAUAUUGAUGGUAAAUCAGAUCAAUAUCAUCGACAUGGAAGCCCUCCAGAUUCAAGUCGAACAAGUGAUGAGUGCUUACCAUCAUCAGUGGGAAGUGGAGAUCACAGUGCCUACCUCACAGCACCAAUCGCUACGGGUACAAAUGCAGACCCCAACAGCAAACUUCUGACUGUGACAAGUACAAGUCCUAGUGCAGACAGUCUCACUGACACAACCACCACAAACAGUAGUUUUGCAACUCCACCUUUUAGCUUGAGUCCUGUUGGAGAAAGUCAAGGUUUUGUUGGCUUCCAAAAUCGCUGGAAUCGGUAUUCCUCCGGAGGUCUGGAAGAUUCCUCAUUGGAGCUUCCAUUACCGCCAGUCAUUCCUGUACCUCUGCCAAAGCCUCGUGAACUUACAAUCCAACGCCAGCCACCUCCCAGGGGCGAUUUUGGUUUCUCGUUGCGACGUGCCAUGGUGACAGAGAAGCUACCAAAUGGACAGCAACACACAAGGGCUGUGAUCUUUGCUGAACCAGGUGUAAUUGUUCAGCACAACAAUGAGACUGGUUUGCUGCCAGGGGACCGUCUGCUGGAGGUGAAUGGAGUUGCAGUUGAUGAUAAGAGCAGGGAGGAAAUCAUUGACCUCAUCAAAUCAUCAGGUUCCAGUGUCACUGUCAAAGUCCAACCCGUAGCCGAAUUGUGCGAACUGACUCGACGCUCUGGGCUGGACGGCACCGAGGUGGAGCUGGAUGACGCCAACAUACGAGGCGGCACACUGCGACGGAGUGGCAGUCGGCGCUUCAGGAAGACCGCGCAGGCAAAAUCAGAGGAGCAGCUUGCAUCUGAGCGGGCCUGGCUGGAAGCAGAGAGACUGUGGCUAGUUCACCGCGUUGGCUUUUCUGCAGUCCGCAGGCUGCCAGAGGAAUUCUCGGGAAGUGGUGGAGGUGACUCUGAUGCUAGUAAGCUGCAUGUACAUCUGGAGGUGACUGGAGAGGUCUUGCAAGUAGAUGAUGACGAUGUUGAAAAGGCAAAUCCCCCACAGUUUGAUCGAGCUGAAGAUCUGGCUCAUCUGCGCUAUGUGAAUGAAUCUAGUGUGCUGCAUACAUUAAGGCAGCGUUAUGGCAGCAAUCUUAUCCAUACUUACGCUGGUGGGUCCAUGGUUAUUAUCAACCCCAUGGCUCCUCUUGCUAUUCAUUCCGAAAAGGUGGUGCACAUGUUCCGAGGAUGUAAGUCAGAGGAUAUGCCACCACACAUCUACUCACUGGCCCAGUCUGCAUACCAUGGUAUGCUGGCAUCCAGGAGGGACCAUUCUGUUGUUCUACUGGGACGCAGUGGAAGUGGCAAGACAACCAACUUCAAACAUGUGCUUCACUAUUUGGUGCUUGCUGCUGGUGCUGUCAACAAGGUUGUCACUGUAGAAAAGCUGAAUGCCAUAAGUAUGGUGCUGGAAGCAUUUGGAAACUCCCGGACUGUGCUCAACACCAAUGCCACCCGCUACACACAGAUAUUCAGCCUUGACUAUGACCAGUCAGGACAAAUAGCUUCUGCUUCUGUUCAGGUUUUGUUGGCAGAGAGAUCUCGAGUUGCUCGAAGACCAGAGGGCGAACCAACAUUUCACAUUUUCUACCGACUGCUAGCUGGUGCUGAGGGGACACUUCGCAGGGAACUUCAUCUGGAUAGUCUUACUGGAGAACCAAAUCUGUUCAUGACUCCAUUGCAGAGGCAUGAGGACAAACAAAAGGCCAUGCUAGAGUUUGCUCGGGUGUGUGCUGGCAUGCAAACUCUGGGUUUUUCUGAUGUAGAAAUGAAAGUGAUCUGGUCUGUUCUGGCUGCAAUCUAUCACUUGGGGUCUGCUGGUGCUGUUAAAGCAGGAAACAGUAGCAGCAGUCGAUGGCAGUUCUCCAGUCCUCAAGCAGCACAGCAAGCAGCUCAUCUCUUAGGAACCACAGUUGAAGAACUGGCUCGUAUAUUGUUCGGGCAAAGUUCAGGUGGAAUGGGCACACCCUCUACCCCUCGUGCUCCCUUCCGCACUCCUUCACCUACUGAAAGAGGACUUGACAGGGAUGUCACAGGACUGGAGGCUCUGGAAGGAAUGGUUGUUGGUCUUUAUGGAGAAGUUUUAAAUGCUGUGGCAGCACUGGUUAAUAGGUCUAUCUCCACACCGAUCCAUACUGUGUCAUCACUUGUGGUAGUGGACUCCCCAGGUUUCCAGAACCCUGCAUCCUGUGGCCAGCAGGGCGGUGCAACUUUUGAAGAUCUAUGCCACAACUACCUACAAGAACGCCUGCAACUGCUUUUCCAUCACACAACUCUUGUUGCUCCAAGGGACAGAUAUGCACAGGAACAUAUAGAGCUGAAUCUGGAUGAAGGAGGAUGUGGUGAUGUGUGCACUCCUGGUCCCCUUGUGUCCCUGCUAGACCGAACCUCACAGAACUCGAUGGUGCGCACUUCACAGACAGACCUACGAGAGGCAGAUCGCCGAGGUCUGCUCUGGCUUUUGGAUGAGGAAGCAGUGUAUCCUUCUGCCAGUGAUGAGGGGUUCCUGGAAAGACUGUUCACCCAUUAUGGAGAUAGGGAUCACCAACUGUUGCUGAGAAAGGCCCCAGGUACAAACCAGUUUAUCCUACAACAUCUUCAAGGCACAAACCCAGUUCUUUACACUGCUUCUGGCUGGUUGAAAGCUUCCAAAGAGAACCCCAUUGUUCGUAGUGCAGUGAGUUUGCUGCAGGAGUCUUCUAGGGAGGAGGUGAAUCAGCUCUUUGUCAGUGUACGAGGACUAGGUAUAUCCAGUGCUUUAGGGGGCUCUGUGGUAGGAAUUGAAGGCACUCAAUCUCUACGGCGAGCAUCUAGCAUUCGCCGCACAUUCACCACUGGCACUGCUGGCAUCAAGCGCAAGUCUGUCUGCCUUCAGGUCAAGUUCACUGUGGAUGGCCUAGUGGAAACACUACGCCGAACCAGGCUGAAGUUUGUCCAUUGCUUUCUCCCACACCAUAAUGCUGCUCUGGGUGAAUCUGCAAGGUCAGGAACCCUCAAGUCAAACAGCAGUCUCACUGGCAGCAACACUCUGGAUGACCUCAUCAAUGUACCAUUAGUACGAUCUCAGUUACGUGGGGCACAAAUAUUGGAUGCCGUGCGACUCCACAAACAGGGAUUUCCCAAGUUUCUGCCAUUGUCAGAAUUUCGACGCAGAUUUCGUCUCUUGGCUCCUGCAGAUGGCCGUCCAGCCAGCCCUGUACUUGACGAGCGCCGUGCAGUUGAGGACAUGUUGCUUGGUAUAGACAUUGACAUGGCAUCAUAUCGUGUUGGCCUUAGUCAGAUAUUCUUCCGUUCUGGUGUACUGGCUCAACUAGAAGCCCAGCGAGAUGAGAGGCUCACAGAUAAUGUGGUUCGACUGCAGGCAAGGUGCCGUGGUUAUCUUGCUCGGCGGAAACUUAAUAAACUCAAGAUUCAAGACUUAGCUGUACGUUGUAUCCAGAGGAAUGUGCGCAAGUUUAUGUCUGUACGUGACUGGCCAUGGUGGCGGCUUCUUGUAAGGGUUACACCACUUCUCAAUGUGCAUCGCACAGAGGAAGAACUGAGAAUCAAAACAGAAGAACUGGAGCAGCUAAGGUCCAAGGUGGAGAAGUUAGAACAGGAACGAACUCACCUCAAACAUGAUAAUGAUCGACUUGAAGCUAAGCUAAGUGAGAUCACAGCUGAUUUGGCAGAGGAACAUUCUACCUCAACACUUGCCACGGAGCGACUGGAGGCUGAGACAGCCGAUCGGUUGAGGCUGGAGAAGGAGCUGCAGGAUGUACAGUGUGAAAACAGAAAUCUUCAACAAACUACUGAGCGACUGGAGAUGGAGUUACUGUAUAUGAGGGCUGCAGAUGUGAAUGGCAGAGUAGGUUCAGAUGAAGAUGGUGAGGGCGAAGAGGACGCGGGUGUGUACAAGCAGCGGUAUGAGCGAACAGUACGAGAAUUAGAAUUCACCCGUCGCCGUCUACAGCAGCAACAUGAAGAUGACCUGGAGCAACUUGUUGGCCUCAAGAAGCAGCUUGAGAAGAAGUUGGCUGAUGCAUAUGAGGAAGUGGAAGAACAACGACAGGUUGUGGGACAGUGGAAACGGAAAGUCCAGAAACUCACUACAGAGACUAAUGAUUUACGACUUCUCCUAGAGGAACAGAGUUCUCGGAACCACCUUCUGGAGAAGAAACAGAGAAAGUUUGAUUCAGAACUCCAGUUACUGCAUGAUGAAUUGCGCCAGGAAAAGCAACAGAAGGACCGGAUAUCACGGGAAAAGGAGCUGAUUACUGCAGAGAAAUACUCACUCGAACAGAAUCUUAGUGCUGUUCACCUGGAACUAGAACUGAAGGAAGAGAAGGUGGCAACCCUGGCUCAAGAGCUUGAUGAACUUACAUUUGGAGGCAAGACUGAAGAGGAGGUUGCUCAUCUCAAGAAAACAAAACAUGAAAUGGACAAAAAGCUGAAGGAACAGGAAGAGGAACUGGAUGAUCUUGCUGGGCAAGUGCAGCUCUUGGAGCAGGCAAAACUGCGUCUUGAGAUGAGUUUGGAGCAGCAGCGCAAGGAGAACCGUAGGGAAGUAGCUCAACGAGAUGAAGAACUUGAAGACAUCCGUUGCAAUGCUCACAAGAAGGUCAAAGCCUUAGAGGCACAGCUGGAGAGUGAGCAUGAAGAGAGGACACAGCUAGUGAAAGAGAAACAUGAGUUAGAACGACGACUGGGGGCAUUAGAGGAGGCAGGUCGUGCUAGCCGUGCCACAGAUGAGGAUCAGUUACACAGGCUACGCAAGGAUUUGCGGCGUACUAAGGCCUUAUUACGUGAUGCACAAACACAACUGGAACGAUCCAGAGGUGAUUCUCCUGGGAAGGCAAUUCUCCGUCAGCUGAGAAACCAGCUGGAGGACUUGGAGUGUGCACGAGCAGCUGCGGUGAAGGCUCGCCAGAGUGCUGAGAUGGAGCUGGCUGAAGGUCAGGCCCAGCUGGAUGAGGCACAGCGACUCAGGGCAGAGGCAGAGGAGAGAGCAGCAGCUGCCACGAGGGAACGCUCCGAUAUCCGCACACAACUAGAGGAGAAUGAAGAGGAAUUAGCAGAGGUCCUGAAGAAAUACCGUGUAGCAGUCCAGCAGUUAUCCAUGGACCAAAUGGCUCUGCAAGAACAAGCAAGUCUUGUAGCAGAGCUGGAGAGUGAACGUGCUGCCCUCAAGGAGCAGCUGGCUGAACUGUCAUCUCGUCUUGAAAGCAUCGAGACUCAGGGAGAUCCCAGCUCUUCCCUGGCACAGCGAAGAUUAGAACUACGCACCAAAGAACUGGAAUCUAGGCUGGAUUUGGAGCAGACCACACGAGCCAGGAUGGAGGUCCAGAUCUCACGACUGAAGGAGACAACAGAAAAGUUGCAAGGAGAGGCAGUAAUGGCACGGACCAAGGAACAGACUGCACAGGAUGCUGCACGGAAACUGCAGCGCACAGUACGUGAACUGAAGGAGGCAGCAUCAGCGGGACAGGCUCGUGAAUCUGAAGCAGCUCAGAGGCGGAAAGAUCUUGAAAAACGGCUUGAGUCUGCUGAGGCAGAGGCAGUGGCUGCAAGGGGAGAUCUGCGUCUUGCACUUACUAGAAUCCAAGACUUACAAUCAGCCAUCCAGGGUGAACUAGAAGACUGUAGUGGCAGUGAUCACACAGACAGUGAUCAAGACAGUGAUUGUUCAGAUGAAUCCAUUAAUACAUUCUUGUCCAAUCACAAGAUGCCUUUGGUGUCAAGCACUGCAAAUUCAACUCCACGGGUUCGAACAGCAUUAGAACUAGACAUUUAAUCCAGGUAAGAGGUAGCCUCUGAAUGGAAUGUUCAAGAUCUCUAAAAAGUGCUACAAAGCUGUGCAAAAAUGUGAAAAAUGAAUCACAGGACUCUUUUGCAUGAAAUGUACAAUGUUAAAAUAGGAUGUUACACAACUGUCUGUUCACACAUGUAAUGCAUUGAGGUUCAGACUAUUUCUCAUUAUUAUAUCAAUUAUUUCCCAAUCAGACAUGUUUUGUACAGAUCAACACUUGUGGCAUUCCUAGGUUCAUCAUUAUUGGCUCAUUUAUUUAAAAAGGCUGUGUAUAAGGACUAAACUAAUUCAGUACAAUACUGUAUCACCUUCAUGUAUAUGCAUUGUCUGAAGUCAUAUAUCACCACAGCUUAGUUUGAUCUAUAUAUUUACACAAGUUACUUACAGUUUAAAAUUACUUCACCAUUUGUGACAUAUCACAAAAUACAGCUCUCUCUAAGAAUAUUGUGUAGACCAUGUAUUAUGUUCCCAGGAAUACAUUAAAGCUAAUAGUUCAUAAGGAGAAAAACUGAGGAUGGAAGAUUGCAUCUUUUACUACCUUCUAUAUGGUAAUAAGUUUGGUAUCGAAGGGAUUAUAAAAAAUUAUUUUGUUCCAAUCAUUUAUGUUUGUGUGUGUUUAAAUCUAUUUUCAUUGCCUGCUCUUAUGUAUUAUUAUGUACAAUAUAAUUUAUCAAUAAAUUAAAAAAUGAUUUCAUUGAUA